AUGGGGGGCUCGCAAUCAUCGUCUGGUGACCAUGGAAAAACACAAUCCGAGGAGGAACGUUUCCUUAUUGCAUGUCGUUCAGGCGAAUCCGCGCGCAGCUGUGGUUCAGCUCCCUUAUGGGUCGAAGGAAUCGCCACUUCAGGCACCACAGAUCGCGGCGGUUGGUUUCUACGUCCCACACCGACUAAUAACAACGUAGAACAGAAUAGAACAAUACAUGAUCGGAUCUCACCACUGUCUAUGAGUGGCAUUGAACCCCCGUUGCGAUUCGUAUGGCAGCUGGAUCCUCCACAACCCACUUCGGUUGCUCGACUCGCACACGUCCUUGAUGGAUUCAGUGUAGAAUCAAAUGAGGCAAGUUAUGGGAUGCUCAUUAGUACAUGA